CCCAUUGGCUUAAAUUGAUUUAUUUUCUCCUUAUGUUAAUGUCUUUGGUUUGUAUGUUUCUUUUAUGUACAAGGAUUUGUUGUUUUAUUCUAAUAAAGCUCACAUGUGUUUGCUGAUUCACUUACAGUUUGUUCAGGCAAUGUGUACGUGUUUGAUUCUUGAAAACUGUUGGUUUUUAUCUACCAUUUAUUGGAUGGACUUGCUGCGUUGCUCAAAAAGGAUUUUAGGAUUUCGUAGUGACAACAUUGGUCUAAGAUGUUGUGGGAUUGAUGAUUGAUCAUUUUGCUUGUAUUUUAAUGACUUUAAGAGGAAUUUCUAGUGACUGGUCCAUUUGUGUGGCACUAAGUUGUCCACCUACCGCUGGAUGAUAAAUAAGUUUCAGAACUUUAACCUUCUUUUGGCAAAUUGCCUCAAUUUUCAUUCAUUUGUUCAAUUUCCUUCAUUGGAUAUCUUUGCUCUGUUCUCAAGUGGGGAGAUAGGGGGUGCAGAUAUGUUUCGUGCUUCUGCUGCCACUAUUGACUUCAUUUUGUUCAGAUUGGUAUUUGGUCAUCAAAAUCCGCUAGCCUUCUAUUAGAUGAGUUAGUGGAUUUGUACAAAAUCAAGUUAUGUACUUGUUGAAUUGACUUGUUUCUGCUACUAAGAGUUCUCAAUACCUGUGAUCGCCAUAGUUAAAAUCUUUGUGGUUCUCGGUGUAAUAUGUUUUAUUGUAAGCUGGGUCUUGCGCUGUUCAGCUGCAAAUUUUAGUCCUUGGUCACCCGCAAUUCCGAAGAUAUGCAUGAUCCUAAUGGGUAGAGUUAAUAAUAGAAACCUAAAUGUAGUACAUGGUGCAAACUAUGUUCUUCAGUGAGGAAUUAAAAGAAGUAAUUGCUUCCCUUCAUGGGAAGCAAGCAGGUCAUGGGUGCCGGUGAGUGUCCAUUGGUUGCUCGAUUGUGAUAUUAGCUGUUCCUAUGAUAAAAGACGGAGCUCGAGUUUAUUCUUUCAUGAGAAAACGAAGUCGUUCUUUGUCCCCAAGGCGCCGCAAAACUCGUUCUCCUGCCACCAGACGUCAUAAGAGUCGCUCUCCAAGGAACCAUAGGAGACAGAGAAGUAGGAGUACCUCAUUGUCUCCUAUUGGUAAAUCACCUGGUUCAAGUGUCGCAUCAAAAGAGCAAAAGGGUAUCAGUGAAAAAAAUAAACUUGAUGAAGAAGAGAAGAAAAGGCGUCAAGAGGAAGCAGAACUGAAAUUAAUAGAAGAAGAAACUGCAAAAAGAGUUGAAGAUGCAAUUAAGAAAAAAGUGGAUGAAAGCUUGAACAAGGAGGAGAUCAAGCUUGAAAUUCGAAGGCUAUUAGAAGAAGGUAGAAAGAAACUUGUCAAUGAAGUUGCUGCUCAACUUGAAAAAGAGAAGGAAUCUGUUCUUAUUGAGUCAAAACAAAAGGAGGAACAAGCUCGAAAAGAGAAAGAAGAGUUGGAAAGAAUGCUUGAAGAGAAGAGGCGAAAGGUGGAAGAAGCUCAGAGAAGAGAAGCUUUGGAGCAGCAAAUGAAGGAAGAACAGCGUUAUAGAGAACUGGAAGAGCUCCAAAGACAGAAAGAAGAGGCUUUGCGAAGGAAAAAACAACAAGAGGAAGAAGAGCGUGCAAAACAAAUGAAAGUGUUGGGCAAGAACAAAUCCAGGCCUAAGUUGUCGUUUGCAUUGGGUUUGAAAUGAUCAAUGACUUUGCCUCGGUCAUUAUCAUCAUGGUCAUGAUCUUGUUGAUCAUCAAAGGCAAUUGGUUUUUCAUUAGAGGAACCAAAUUUGUUGGAUACAUCCUUUUUAUUCCAUCCGUCCAUUUUUUUUCUGUAAUCUGAAGUACUUGCUGAGUAUAUUUCCUUCGUCGUAGUUGGCUAAUCAAUGUACUGUUGUCAACUGAUGUAAUGUAAGGCCAACAUUACUAGCAAAUUUUGAUAUUGUUGUUGUAGUUACCAAUUGGGCUGAUUUGGCUGCGUUUGUUCAGUAUCUUUCCUUAUUUUACAA